UCAUUCUGAAGUUAGACUGAAACUAUAUUUUGAUGCUGAAUGUAAGCUACAUUAUAGUUGCAUCCAUCCAUUUACCUUACCAUUACUUGAAGUUGUAUGAUUCUAAGUAGUGAAAGUUAAUAUUAACAAACCUAACUAUUAGUAUUGGGCUCUCACUGAUGUUGGAUCAGUUACAUUUUUGGUUAAUAGUGUUAUCUGGGAUUUGGCGUUUAGAUGACACUAAACGGGAAUUUAAAAACCGUGCCUUAAUGUGGAAAGCGGGGCAUUCCUCCUCAUUUUCAGGCUCAAGCUACUCUUACCCAAUUAAUUUUUCUUUGUUGAGCUUUCUCUUGCUGUCCUCACUCUGCGCUGCCGUCCCUAUGAUUAUUUCGAACCAAAUAGUGGAAUAGAAACUAGCAGACACAAUAAUAUAGACAAAAUGAUUUUCACACAUUGUGACACUGGUUUUGCAAAUAUAACGUAAUACACAGGGUCUUGAUGUGCAUCGGUCAUAUAAAUCCUGAUCCUGAUUUUGACGUAUGAGUAAUAUGUAUAAGGCGAUAGUAAUGUUAGCAAAUGGAGUAUUAUCUUAAAGUCUUACAAUGACAGGAUGUAUAUUAAUCAAAUAGUUUUACAGACAUAAUUUCUGCAGGCGAUGGUGACGUAGCGACAAGCAAAGUCCACUUGCACGUUAAUAAAACUAUCUCCACUUAUCAAUGCCGAUGAGCUCACCUAACAUGAUCUAUAGAAAAUUCUUCUUGAAUGUAUGCAGUCAGUAUUACUUGUUUGUAAGUACUUUGCCUAGUUUUAUUUAUUGUUGCAAAGAAGCAUUGAGUAAUGUUGUUGCUGAUAGAAAACAGUUGAACUGCGCAGAGUUCAGCUCAGUCGAAGCAAGAGCAAGGAGAGGGCAGAAAGCGGAGAGAUCGGUCUAGGUUUUAUUAUGCUCAGUUUGAUCAGUAUUUGCCAAUCUACCCGGUCGGACUCAUGGUGAAGAGAAAGAAGACGUCACCUACUACCGAAGAGCACGAAAAUGGCAUGACACCGGGCUCCAGGGAGGGGAUCGGUGUCGAUGGGAGGAGGAAUCCGUCCAGAAAGCCCGAAGGUUGCGACGAGGAGGACAGCGGAGAGCAGGCGAGCGAGGAGCGCAGUACAAAGGGAGACGACGGAGUGGAAAUUCUUAAUCCAUCAGCCACGGGUCUCAGCCCCGGUUCAGCUCCGGUCCUCCCCGGCUCUCCACCGAACCGAACCGGGCUAAGCUCGACACAGCAUCCCCAGACCUCGUCGGAGCCCGCCCCCCCGUGUCACGAUCAGCAUCAUUUUCUCCGAUCAAGCGUUCGACCUCCUAGCAAACGGAUCCGGAAGGAUUCAAUCGGCUCGGCCAUCAAUGGACAUGGCGGGGCAAAAUCGAAAGGGGCAGAAAAUGGCUCUUCCUCCCAGGGGACAGUGGGACAGUCGGGACCUGUGGCCAGCUCCACAGGGGCAGCGUCCAAAGCUUCCAAGGGCCAAGGGUCAGCUGAGAAAGAGGAGCAAGCGGGUAACCAGAAGAGGGCUCGUCGGCAGUGGGAGUCUUGGAGCGCAGAGGACAAAAACAGUUUUUUUGAGGGGCUCUAUGAGCAUGGGAAGGAUUUUGAGGCUAUCCAGAACAACAUUGCCAUGAAGUACAAGAAAAGAGGCAAGCCAGCGAACAUGGUGAAAAACAAGGAGCAGGUUCGCCACUUUUAUUACCGGACGUGGCACAAGAUCUCCAAACACAUUGACUUUGCCAAUGUGUACUCCAGAGUGCUGAAAAAAUCCUCUCAAGAGCUGUACGGUCUCAUCUGCUACGCCGAGCUCCGCAAAAAAGUUGGAGGAUUAAUGGAUGACAAGAACGUGGCAAAGCUCAACGAACUGAUCCAACAGGGGGCCACCACUGUACGCUCCAAAGGGAGGAACUUGCGAAUCAAAGCACCCAUGUGCCGUGCACUGAAGAAACUUUGUGACCCAGAUGGAGUGAGUGACGAGGAAGACCAGAAGCCGGUGCGUCUACCCUUAAAGGUGGCAGUGGAGCUCCAACCACGCAGCAACCGCUCCUGGACCCGUGUUCAGAGUCUAGCCCACAACCCUCGCCUCAGGAUGGUGGUGGAGCUCCACAGGAAAGUGUCGAGCCUCAUUGAGUACCUGAAACAGAAAUGGACCUACCAUGACCAGCGUAUUCUUAAGAGUCUAAUGGAGAGGGAAGUUCUGGAGCGUGGCCAGUCCAGCACAACAUCUCCCAGCAAAUCCCAGCAGGAGGAGCUCUUUCUUUACCCAGCUGAGAGCAGCACCUUGACCACCCUGCCUGGUGUGGCACGUGUAGUUCACUCCAAGGCCUCUUGCACUGUGCACUGGCUAGAAAGCGGCAAGAACAGGCCAAACGCUAAGGAAUUGCCUGCUGCCCAGAUUCUGGGUAUUCACACGGCUCCACCACUUCGGACUGGCACCAAAUCUGGAAGGGGGGGCACCACAGCUGCUGGUGCCGGGGGUGCUUCAGUGACUGUAUUGGGAGAUAGUCCUCGAACUGAGCCCGUUAACUCUGAGCCUUCACAAGACAGUUCUACAAAGGUAGAGGAGAAGAGACCCCUGUCUGUUUCUGUCCCUGUUUCUUCUCAGCAGACUGUGGCUCCUAGAGAAGAAGGAACUGGGAUGGGACCCACCGAGGGGAGUAAGACCUGUAUGGGUGCGGAGGCCACUGGUGGUUUAGCAGUGACCAAAAGCAUAGAGAAAUUGUGUAGCGGUACAGAAAGCUCAUCGGAGCAGUGCAAAGAUGAACAGAACACCAGCACCUCCUGCCCAGAGGCCAACCAGGACCCUCUGGCCAAACCUGCAGUGACUGGCUCAGAGGAGGGGAUGUCACAGAGCUCUGCACCCGCAGCCAAAGAACGGGCUGUUGAGCAGAUCAGAGAGGAGGGCUGGAGCGCCCGUGAUGCAGAGAACAUCACACUGGCUGAGCUCUAUCUGAUGUUUGGGAAGCCUGGCAAGCUGCAGCUGGAGUAUGAGUGGCAGCCCGUUGCAGUUCUUUCCAACAACCAAGAAAACGGACAAGGCUUGGCACAGCCCAAACCCAGCAGGACACACCACGUUUUGCGCUGCCUGCUCAAGCUGGUCGCCACUGAAGUCAAUCCUAAACCUUUGGCUCCAGAGUUGUGCUCCACAGCAACAUCACCUCUUAAGACCCAUCAGGAGGAGCAAAACCAGGCCCUCACACCACCAGGGAAGAGUCUCAUAGUAGGCGUUCGUAGCCCCAGCUGCGGCCGGCAGCAGGCCUCUGUCCGAGGGGCCCGAUUAAACCUGCCAAACUCUGGAGCCUCAGGUGGCCGCAGCCUCCCUCGCUCUCUGCUGGGGUCGACUGUGGGCAGUGACUCAGAAGGCAGUGUGUUUGCGGUUCCCACCACGCUGCCCCCCAACAGUUCACGACACAACAGAAUGUUUUCACCCAACAAAGAAGCUGAGCUAGCCUUCAGACAGCAGCUCGACUCCAUCAGUAUGCAGUCAGAUAUUUUCCUCUCCAGACAGAGAAAACCUCGAAACAGGCAACUUCGGAAACCACUUGUUGUUCAACGAACACUCCUGCCCCGAACUACAGGAGAUACUCCUCAACAUGUCUGCUCCUUCUCCAUCCUCUCCAACUCCUCUGCCACAGGAACUGGAUCCUUCCGGCCAAUCCAUACACGGCUUGCUCCUUCUUCCCGCCCCCCACCACCCAAAGCUUCCCCUGCAGUGUCCAGCAGCUCUGCAGCAGCCAGCCAGCUCUCCAGUGCCAUUGACCUAGCAGCUAAGUCUGCAGGUAUCAUCCCUGGCAGUCCCUGUCGGGAGCUGAAUUCUCCCUCUGUGGACAACAGCACCCUGCUCGCCACCACACCCAUUGUUGAUGAUGAACCAGACCCUCAGCUCCUCCAGCACAAUGCCCCAGAGAAUGGUGUGCCUCCACCAUCUCCAGAAGUGACUGGAGGGGGAGACUCUCUCCUCUCCCCACCCAGUGUCGCAUCGCUCCUGGACAUCUCUCUCCCUGGACCCCCUGAAGAGGCUCUCGCCCCUGGAGAACCUCAGACACACAUCAGUGACUCAAUUAUCGAGCUUGCCAUCAACUCUGCUCAUUAUGGUGAGGAGGCUGCGCUCUCUCCAGCCAAGCUGAGCAACAACGAUGGCUCCAAACUGUUGGCCUCAUCUCCCUCGGUCAGCCCGUCUAGAGGCUGGAUCCCAUCGCCCAGCCAUGACCCCCAGUGGUACCCCAGCGACUCAUCUGACUCCACGCUGGGAUGCCUCCUGUCCAGCAUGGUGCCUCCUGAUAAGGGCAGGCGGACCACCCUAACCCCCUCUGGCCCCUCCAGUGGCACGGCUUUGCUGGGUCCUAGCCUCCUGGACUGCAACUCCCAUGAUUCCUUUCAGUCCCGUGGCCUUCCUGAUGUGGCAGAAAUGGACUCCCAGCUUGCUUGUAUGAUGAGUGAGAGCAGCGUGGAUUACAUCGCUCGCUUCAAUGACCUGGCUCAGGAGCUGGCUGUGGCCGAGCCCUCCAUCCCACCGCCUUGAGGAGGACAGCCUCCACCAAUCCACGGCCGUCUGGAGGUCUCUGUCCAGACUGUCGCCACGCUGUCCCUUCUAGUUGGGAGAAAAGAUUGCUGUGGAGAAAGACCAACCCCCUAAAGCCAUCCCUGCCCUGGUUGUAAAAGUGCAAUAAUCAUGGUGAACCUUGACCGUCGUUCAAAACGAGUUUGAAACGAGUUGGUUUCGAUGAACUGUUGUUUAAGGUGAAAUGCCCUUUAAAAACACUUUAGAAAAACAAAUGCGUUUACAAAACACAACCUCAUGUACAGGAAAAUACUAUGCCAUAUCUGAACAAAAUAUUUUCACUGAUCUUUUUGUCUCUUCCUGCUCUUUGUGUGUGUCUCUGUCGUCUAUUGUCAGAUCAAGCCCCAAAAUGUGUAAAUCCACCAAAAUGUGCAGUUCUGAUCCCAGCUGGGGGCAAAAAGCCACUGGAGGGUGAUUUUAAAAGUUAUGAUAGUGAGAAAAAGGGUCAGAGUGGUGAAAUACUUCCAUAGUCAUUUCUGUUCAGUUGUUUCUGCAGCAUCAGUUGCAAAAUUGGAGCACAACGCAGCAGGGCGGCUUGAGGUAAAACCAUUUGCUGCUGCACUCCAUUUCAUGUGCUGUUGAUCAGUUCAGGUUGCAUUUUACGAACAUAGCAUGUGUGUUUUGAAUCAGGUUCGUCAUUUCUUACCACCACAUGCAGAAUGGCAGCUUUUGUUGGUUGACCAUAUUUGGUAGUAGCUCUACAGAUGUGAUUUUUCUGCAGCUGCUACAUUUGAAUUUUGAGCUGAAAACAUUGGGCUUCAGUGUCCUUCGUCAACUAACUUUAAAUGUAUGUUGAGAUGCAGUGGUCUUCAGGUUGGUUUGUUCUUUUAACAGGUUGAGAGGAUAUAGCAAUGUUCUUCCACAUACGUAUUUAUCUUUAAUUUGCUGUUUCUGUUUUUUUUUUCUUCUUUUUUGUACAUGUUAAUUAUAUACCUAAACAUUUAAUUUUGGUUUCGUUUUAAAUAAUCCUGUCACAGUAGUUGGGAGUCUUUUCACUCAGCUACCAUGACAAAUAACAUUGCUCUUUAAUGAUGGCUAUUUUGCUUGUAUCUUGCACUACAAACAAAGAAGCGAGUUGAGCUGUUUUCAGUUAAGGACUGAAUGGAAGUGUAUCCCACAAUGUGACCAACUACGUGUUCAUUUUCAUUCAACAGGUUCAAAUUCAGAAUGUUAAAAAGUUCCCAGUAGCGUUACGCUCAAUUUUAACACAACAAAAGCAAACAGUCAGAAGUUUGUUAGGAAAUUAAACACUAAAGCCAUAGUUGACACUCCUGAUUUUUUUUUUUUUUCAAAAUUCUUUGCUUAAAAGAUUAGUUUUCCACUGACUAGUACUGAUACUGGAUACUAACAAAGCACUUUGGCAAACAUCAACAUGAUUCGCUUUUAAACACAUACUGGGUGAAGUCCAGACUCUUUGCAUUCAGAUUCAGUUUCCUAUCAUCAUCAGUAUGCAGUAUUGUGAACAUUUUGUCUCAUCGACAUGUUUAACUUCAUCUCUUAGCGUAAUUUGCUCUUGUCAUUCCACAAAUGCAAUUUAAAACGGCCCCUGUUAAAGCACCUUGGGGGGCUUUGUCUCUACAGUUUAAAAGCUUUUGUGACGUUUAUGAAAAGACAUCAUCUUCUCACACUCAAUAAAAAAACCAUGAAGAUGAUUCUUAAUAAGGAAUAAAGAGGAGGUUUGUUUUGUUUUUGAAUCUGGCAGGUUUUUUUCUGAUGUACAAAUUUAAAUUCCAGUAUUCACUGCGCUUUUGUAACAUAAUGUAAAUUGUUAUUUGGACUAUUUAUUGUUAACAUUUUGGGGAAAGUGUUUGUUUAACUUAAUAUUAAGAUGACAUCUAAAAAACCUGUUAAGUUUUCAGUUUGUAAAAGGUGUUUUUAUUCUGUGUAUAAAGAUGGUUUAAAAAAAAAAAGCUCCUCGUUUUCUGUAUUCACUGCUUGUACUUUGUUGAAAAAAAUGCACACAUUUUCAAUGUUUUUGUGUGGCCUUUGGAUUAAAGUUAAAUACCAGUCCGUCUAUAGAUAGCUCAGUGGUUUCUCAAACACCAUACUCGAGCCCUGACCGUCCCCAUUCAAGAAAAUAUAUCCUCAUCCUUCAAAACAAUACGACAACUCAUU